UUAAAGUCUGGAAUGAAUGAGCGGAGAUUUUAUUGCGUUUUCAGAAUAAUUACUGUCAUUAAUUGCAUUUACAAUGUUAAUACGUUCUCCAUGACAGAAAAAUAUUUAAAUCUGACAAAUUAUGCAAUGAAAUUAAUUCAUCAGUAAAUGAAUUUGAAUUUGAAUAUUAAUAAACAUGAACAGGGACAUCAAAACAAUCUUCAAUACAAACCUUCGACUAACGAAAAGUGAAAGAAAAACAAACGACAAAUGAAAAGAAAUUGGAAUGUUUCUCGAUCUCAAAGUGUUUGUCAAAUAUUUGAUUUGCUAAAAAAUAUCACAUUGUAAGAUAGAAAAGGAUAGAAAAAGGCAGUUAAUGGUGAACAAGAGAAUGAGAGGCAGCAAAGACAAUCUGUUUGCUAUAUUUAUUAAAAAACACUUGGGUUGUGAGAAAAGCGACUGAGAGCCCAUUAAACGAAAAUAAAUGUUUGGCUAUGGCAGUUCUCAAUUUCAAAACUGCCAUGAAAGAUCUAACCCCAUUUCGCGAGUUCACG